ACUGCUCCUUAGUCGUCACAAAUGUAAUAAAUAUGAAAUUGAAAUUUUCAUUGUAUGCCAAUAUGGUCAAAAAUGCUAGAUAACAUAAUUAUAGUCCUGCUCCCCCAAAUGAUAGAAUGAUGCAAACGAUAGCCAGCCAGCUGUUACAAACCAACCAAGAUCUCACAGACUUGGACUACACUCAUAUCAUUGUAAUCAGUCAAGUAAUAACGCAGCAAAUAGCCAAAAUCAAGAUUGUCCUGAUCACGCGUUGUUUACCAAGACGGCUGGCUCUGACCAGCUUUGUCCGGCGUCAACUUUGCGUGUUUGGAAGCAGUUUUUGUUUCGUUCGCGUGUUGAGGCUGCUUUUCAGUUCUGCUGCUCUGUCCUUUUUGCUUCGCUUCCAAUUAUUGGGGCCAGUGUCUCGUCGUAACUAUCGAUCUUGUGGCGAACUUAACAAAUAAGAACGAUCAGCAUUUGAUAACUAAGCAUGCCUAUAGUGCAGAUACACACCAACUUAAGCGCUGAUGCCCUGCCGCCUGAAUUCCGUGUCAAAUUAGUGGAGAUGUUCGCCUCCAUUUUCAAGCUUUCUCAGCAUUCUGUGUUGGUGGGGUUGUCGACUGACGAAAGACUGUACGGAGGGGUGGAUGGCUCUGACCCGUUGUUCGUCAUGCAAGUCAUUAAAGCCGACGGAUUCGAAGAUGUUGACGAAAACCGGCAAACCAUCAAGGCGCUGUUGGGCCUCCUGAUUGGAGAGAUGGGGGUUCCAGAAAAAAGCAUUCGCAUCAUUCUGCUCAACGUUCCUUCCACUCGCAUCGGCAUUUCGGCAGGAUUGCUGACUGACGUCAUUAAGGAACGCCAAAAAGCAAGUGGUACCAAACAACCGUCGCAAGAUUAGAUCGACACAUAUGAGUGUCAAUCCAGAAGAUAUAUUCCUUCUGAUAGAUAUAUUUUUUUAAAAUACGAUGGAAAAUAAAAUCAAUUACUGCAGUUU